AUGUCAAGUUACAGCAAUCUUUGGGACAGUACAUCCACCCUGGGCGACAGUGACACGUCUUCGUCUCGAUGGGAAACGGAUGAAGUUCCUGCCUUUCCUCGACCAUGCUGCGCCAUGAUUUCUCCUCGACUCCCCAAGAGACAACGGACUCUGGAAAAGAAGGACAUGAUUGAUCUCAUGCUUCUGACGGAAGAAACACACCAAGAAGACGGCCAUGACAAUGACAUGCUCAUUGCGGAACAACCACAACAACAACAACAAGAAGAAGAACCAUCUCAAGCUCUGUCCAAUGUUGUACAUCAAGACGACGACGACAAGCCCAAACAACAAAUGGCACCACCGCGACUCCCACGACGACAGCUCACCAACAUUGUGGCCAACUACGGGGAUCAAGCUCGAUUGGCACGCAUGCGAUUUCAAUGUCUCGUCAAGGCGCGAGUCAAUGACACUGCUGCCGGAAAGCCCUUUCGAACCAACUCUCGAUCGCACCCCCAACGAUCCAGCGGAUUCAUUGAUACUACCAUGAAACGAGCUCAAACCAUAUAAUGAUUGUAUGAUAGUAUGAUAGUAUGACAGAGGUGUUUGUAUGGGAAUGUACCAGUGUUAAUUCAACAAUACUAUAUAUAGAGAGACAGAAUAUAGAGAAGUUUUUCAAAUCUAGAGAAGCCUUGAACACCACUACCGGUAGCUAGCCAGCCAAGUAGUACUGUAGUGAUUG